AUGGCUUCAACAGACAAGAAGUCAUCCGAGGAGGCGCUCUUGGACUGGUACAAAGACUUACAGCCGCUCACAGUCGAUAUUGUGGGAGACUUUGCCGGCCGAGAGCUAUUCUUAAUCCAUGGAGAGGCCUUGAUGCAGUAUUGCCUCAUCAAGGCCAGCGUUGACUUUGAGAGAGGAUUCCAGUUGUUGCACGCCAUCCAUGCUGUGGAGAAGUUCCUUGUCGAUCUAAAGAAUAGGGACUGCAAUUUUGAUCUAGUGUUCUUUCGUGACUCUGAAGAUGUCUACGCGUCUCAGGGUAGUGCCGGCUCGAAACAUCCCUACAAAUUCAAGCUCACACGCCGGAUUCUCAUCCAGCAUCUUACCAGAGACGUCGUUGAUUUCAAGAUUCUGGAAUUCGAUUCCUUUCAAAGUCAAGAGUGUAGAAUGUAUCUAGCUAACAAUGCAAUACAUUUCAUGCUCUGCGAUGAUGGAAGGGGAGCAAGCCUGGACCAGUCUAUUCGCCUCCAACAUCUUAUAUGGAAGGUCAUAAGCAGUGGGAGGAACGUUGCCAUCAUCAACUCAAUCUCAUGGAAGAGUUCAAAAGUUUUCAUGCCCCUCCUGAGUGGGUCGAAGGGUGUGCUGCCAGAUGUCCAUGUCGAUGCUACCUCAUGUGAGACGAAACCAUCGGCGGAGCUUUCCCGGGAAGUACUCGAUGAGACGCUAAGACUCUCAAUCGUAACCUCGGAUCUUUCAGCGAGAGAAAAGUUCGCUGCUGUCUUUUGCCGCGUUUUCCUUGUACGAUGCUCAAAGGAAGGUGAGAUAUCUGGCCGUGACCUCGAGCUUGUAGAGGCGCUGCUUCUUCACAUGGCUACUCUCAAGGUCUGCCAUCUUCAAAACCGAAAUACCCAUCCAGAGAGGUUCUCUAAAAACGCUGUGGAUAGCUACGACACCGACUUUGUACAACUGUUUUGUACGGUGUCCCAAACCUUGGCAGAGAAUGGAUACGCUGUGAGAGGGCAAGCUGAGUGGGAUCUAUUUGAUCUAUUCGACGGCCACGUCUUCUCUUACGUUCUCCAAGCGUUACGGGAUGGAUCUGAGCUUCCUAUGGCUAUUGCUGACCGAGCAAAAGUUCUUUCGGCGACGGUUUUUGGGCAGAGGAGUAUGAAUGGUCGAAGCCUUUUCAUGUCUCUCAAAGCAUCGGAGACUAACCUACCUCCUGUGCCACCCCACUCGACUCCCACUGUUUUAUCGUUCAAUCACCCAGUACUAGAGGAGUUUCUUGAGGAUGUCUCGGUCAAAGAAGUGCCAGAUGAUGUCGAUCCAGUUGCUGAAGUUGUCUUCCAGGAUCUUCGGCACUGGCAUGCUUACAAACCAAUCACUACUAGUACAAGAAUGACACGCGACAAAGUCCCCGUCUGGGUGGAGAAUUCCAGGCGUAGGAGACAUCAAAGGCAAAUGGCAGAUGUCAUUUUGUACGCAGCCAGUCUAACCAACUCUAUUGGAAACGUUUUCAUGCGAGAAACUAUUGUCGUGGGACAAAAGUCGGCUCCCACUGAACUGAAUGCAGACACUAACAGUAGAAGGCAGUCAACGGUAGGCGAUCAAUCUCUCCGAGGUGGCAAAAAGAAGGCACUCCUGGCAGCACGUGCGUUGAAUGAGAAGAAAGCACUAGCGAAGCAAAACGAUGCCUUGCGCCUCUGGGCCAUGAAAUGCGCCGAGAUUGAAAAGACUGAAAAUCCAGUUGACCAAUAUCUUAAGGCUCUGGAUCUUCUAUCUGAUGGAUCCCCUGGAACCCAUAUUUCUGUCAAGCCAGAAAUAUUAUUGUAUCUCUGUCACAUACUUCGGAGAAUCUGGGACCAAACGCGUAAACAGGUUGAUGAGAAUUCCCUCAGAGGGUUAUACCUUAUUUCUAUGGUAUGGAACUGGCUGAGGGACAUUUCGAGAUCGGACAAGUGUACACCAGACGUUGCAAGUGCCGCCAAAGGGAUCAUGAAAACCCUUGCGAUAAGCCAGCUGAGCAUCACUGUCCAGGAGCCACAUCGCAAGUUGCCUUUCAAUAUCUCACCUUGGAUUAUGAUGAAAGAUACGCCGAAACUUAUCCAGGAUCAUCGACUUCUUCAGCUUCAUCAUGGGGGCCCUUAUAUGGAUAGGCGAUUUGACUCUCAACCCGAUGCACGAGUGCCCUUUGAACCAGAUGCCUGGCAGCGGGAUAUUCUCGACUCAAUUGAUGCUGAAGAAAGCUUGUUGGUUGUGGCUCCAACGUCUGCAGGAAAAACCUUCAUCUCCUUCUACGCCAUGAAGAGAGUACUUGAGGAGAGCGACGAUGGAGUCCUGGUGUACGUCGCUCCCACAAAGGCCCUAGUAAACCAGAUCGCGGCGGAGAUCGAGGCCCGAUUCUCUAAAAGGUUCAGGACGCCGGAUGGCAAAUCCGUUUGGGCAAUCCAUACCCGCGAUUACCGCAUCAACAAUCCUACUCGGUGCCAGAUCUUGGUUACAGUGCCUCACAUGUUGCAAAUCAUGCUCCUGGCCCCGACAAACGCCAACAUCCCAACUGCAUGGUCACGGCGUGUCAAGAGAAUCAUAUUUGACGAGGUGCACUGCAUCGGACAGGCUGAAGAUGGUAUCAUCUGGGAACAGCUGCUCUUGCUUGCGCCGUGUCCUAUCAUUGCCCUCUCGGCGACGGUUGGAAAUCCGAACGAGCUCAAGGACUGGCUUUCCAGAUUACAGGCACAAAAGGGGUUUAAAAUGAAGAUGAUUGUGCAUGAGGUCCGAUACUCUGAUCUUCGUAAAUUCAUCUACGAGCCUCCGCAUAACUUUAGCUUCAAGGGACUCGCAAAGGUUUCCAGACUCCCUGUGCCAGGUCUCGACGAGGGUGACAGCAUUAGCCCAAACUUCAAAAACAUUGCAGCGCUAGAUGAUGUCACUCUGGAGGCUAGAGAUUGCCUCACUUUGUGGAACAAUAUGCAGAAAACUUUCCCGAAAGAACUCCUCGGAAAUCAAAGCAAACUUGACCCUCUCAAAGUCCUGCCCGGGGUCAUUGAAAAGUCUCAUAUUGUUGAGUGGGAGAAACGCCUGAAGAGGAAGUUGAAAGAGGCCAUGGAAAACUCGGGAUCUAACUUCUACCUCUUGCAAGAGAGCAUUGACCCCUCAGUCCAGAAUGAAAGGACCUCCAAGAUCCAACACUGCAAAAUAUCAGAUACUGUUGAUCAUAUUGGUAGGCUGUUUACUUUGGCAUGUGAGCUCCACGCACAGGACGCCCUGCCAGCUCUUGUUUUUAACUACGACCGCUCCGAGUGUGAAAGGGCUGUCAGAAGCAUCUUUUCUAGGCUGAACGACGCUGAAACGGCAUUCAAGGGAAGUGACACUACCUGGAAGAAGAAGCUCCGGGACUUUGAACAGUGGCAACGGCAGAAAGGAAGUAAUAGAGAGGUUCGAUCCUUCAGAUGCUCGGAAGGUGGGGAGCGGAAUCCAUCAAAGCUUGAGAUGGCCCGCGAGGAGGGGAGUGUUGAGAUCAGCCCUUGGGAGAGUUUCGACCCCGAGGCCCCUCUAGACCAGUUCAGCUUCGCGAACGCCAAGAUGAUGCAGCAGAAAGACCUUGACGAUUUGCUGCUUCGACUGAACCCGAAGAAAGUCCAGCCGUGGCUGAUCGAUGCCCUUCGACGUGGAUUGGGUGUUCAUCAUGCCGGCAUGAACCUCCAGUACCGCCGGAUUGUAGAGAUGCUCUUCCGCAAGGGCUACAUCCGACUAGUUGUUGCAACUGGAACCCUCGCGCUUGGCAUUAACAUGCCCUGCAAGACAGUCGUCUUCAGCGGGGACUCUAUGUUUCUGUCUCCCCAGAAUUAUCGCCAGGCUUCUGGCCGCGCUGGAAGACGAGGGUUCGAUCUGCUUGGAAAUGUCGUCUUUAACGGUAUCAACCGAGAUCGGGUGCACGAGAUUAUGUCCUCUCGGCUACCUGCUCUUAAGGGGCAGUUCCCAAUCUCAACUACACUUAUCCUUCGUCUGUUUGUCCUCUUGAGCGGAACGAACAGCAAUGAAUUUGCCGUCAACGCGGUCAAAUCUCUCUUAUCACAAACCCGCCUAUACCUGGGAGGACCAGAUGCCGAAAUGACAGUCAAACACCACCUGCGCUUCUCGAUUGAAUACCUGAGACGCCAGAACCUUCUCUCGGUAAACGGAGAGCCUAUUCACUUCGCGGGACUUGUAGGUCAUUUAUACUUUACGGAGAACGCCGUCUUUGCAUUUCAUUCGCUGCUGCGCGGUGGCUACUUUCACAAGUUAUGCAAGGACAUUGACUGCGCCCGUGAGAGAGUGCUUCGCGAGAUGAUGUUGGUGCUCAGCCACUUGUUCAACAGAAUCCCUAUUCAGCGGACUGCAAAGACCCUAGAAGUUGUCGAAAGCUCCUCAUCUGAUAUCUUCCUCAAACGACUGCCAGUUGCCGCAGAGCGACUACUUGUCCGGCAUAAUCGGGAAACCCUCUUAACCUUCAAGGACUAUGUAUCUUCUUACAUCAAUACACAUCUGCAUGACUCACCAGACCGCACACUUCCACUGACAAGAAUUCCGAUUGGACCAGAGGAAGGGCGCGGGUGCAGUCUGACAAGCGACCCUCCACCGGUCAUCCGGUCUCCAUUUGUGGCACUUUCUGGAUUCACGGAUGAGUUUAACUCAAUCGGAGAGUUGUGUUCAACAGUGAGAGAUGGGGUAUUUCUAGAAGAGUCUUCCAUCCCUUACCUCCCAAUCUGGCCAGUCGAUACCACCGUUGAGCUAAACGCCUAUCUCUAUGACUUCUUUAAGCACGGAAGCUUGAAAGUGCUGGUGCGCGACAACCUCAUCAAACGGGGCGAUGUAUGGUUUCAUCUAAAGGACUUUUCCCUCGUACUCAAGACGAUCGUGACCAGCCUCAAGGGCGUCAUUUAUUCAGGAGGCGGCUUCGACAUGGAGGAUCUUGAUGGUGAUGACAAUAUGAGUGACACGAGCCAAGGAGAUGGCGAGGCUAUUCCGAAGGCUUUUGAGGUACAGAAGCCAGAUGAAGCAUCCGAGGAGAUUGCCCAAGCGUCAGCAAAGAAUAAGGUCAAGGCUGAGGUUCCCGAUAGCUGGGAGGACGAGAGCGACGCAUCUGCAUCUGAGUCUGAAGAGUCCAUGCUAGGUUCGUAUCUUGUUGGCUCAUCUGCAUCUAAAGAUCCAGUUGUUAUACAGUCCGAGUUUGAUAAUGGAUGUGGAUUAAGGCAGGUCUUGAGGGCAUUCGAGUUGCUGGAAGCAGAGUUCGCGGACAAGUUCUACAAGAUUGGUGCUUAA